ACGGCUGCAAACAGGAAGCGUGGUUCGAAGAAGCGUGACAACCUCACCGAAGAGGAGAAGCGGCGCAACCACAUCCAGUCCGAGAAGAAGCGCCGCGAGAUCAUUCAGCAGGGCUAUAGCGACCUCAACAAGCUCGUUCCAUGCCUAGCGAGCGGCAAGUCCGGCUUGUCGCGGUCCGAGUGCUUG